UAUGAGACGAUAAAUAUGAACAAAGAUAUCUUUGGAAAACGUUCAAAUCGUUAUGAUUACCGGAUAAAAAAUCAUGUUGAUUUAUCUAAGUUAUUUCUUCAAACACACAUGACAAAGUACCAGGCUAUAGACGAUUCAUGUGAUUCAUCAGCUGUUCUUGGGAUAAUUAUAAAUAUCGACGAGUUUCCUGUAGCGGUGCGUUCAUAUGCCGAAAAGAUUCGAUCCAACAUCAGAAACCCAUGGGCGCACUGUAACUUACAAGAAUGGGAUAAAAGAAAAUUUGUAACGUCCCUUACAGAAAUGGGAAAUUUUAUUAGCAGUCUAGAUCUGAAAGCACCUGUAAAACAGUCCACUUUAGAAGAAAUUAAAAAAUGGGAAACCAAUGAUUAUCAUGAAGAUGAAAUUCAAGGUUGGGAAAAAGAUGAUGAGACAUUUGUUGAAACUAGAGCAACAAAGCAUGUAAUGACGUGGAUUUCUAAGUGUAAUAUAGCUGUUGUCACGGGUUGUUCUGGGGCCGGAAAAUCAUUUCUCAUUCACCAUGUUGCCUUAGAGUUACAUCGGAAAAACAAAUAUGAUAUCAUACCCCUAUCAUUUGUAACGGCACCAUCGGAUAUUAUGAACUAUAAUAGUAAAAAUAGAAAACAGGUCUUUGUAAUUGAUGAUGUAUGUGGAAGGGAAACAAUAAAUGUGCAAUUAGUUAAUACAUGGAAGCAACUAACAGAAAAGUUAAACGAUAUAUUCAAACCAAAUUGCACCGAUUCAAAACUUUUAAUUUCCUGUAGGCUGCAGGUGUGUAAUGACUCACAGUUCAAAAAGUUAACGUGGUUUACUGAAAAUGUGUUUGAUAUUGUAUCUGAACCACUGUGUCUUCUCCCAGAAGAAAGAAUGUUAAUGAUAAAGAAAUAUUUAGAAACCGACAACAUUGAUUUCGUCAUAAAUGAUCUAUUACAUUUUGACUUCUUUCCACUGCUAUGCAAAAUGUCGAAAGACGUAUCGAAGGAGAAAUUGAGUCUUUUUUUUAGAUCACCGAAUGAUACGAUAAAAGAACAAAUCAAAUUUAUAAUAGAUUCGCAGAACAAAUCACAAUUAUGUGCCUUAGUUUUAUGUAUUUUGUUUGAGGAAGGAUUUAAUGAGGAUUGGCUCAAAUGUAGUUUACAUUUAACUCCAGAAUAUAUAGUUGAUAAAGUAGAGGGAAUAACACGACACUGUGGAAUUGAUUUAAAAAGUGAUUUCGCAAGACGAUCUUUAGAAAAUGGGUUCGCAACAUUAGAAGGAACAAUACAUGAUGUUGCAGCCAUUGAGUACGGACACUAUCUCGUGGAAUGUUUUAUGAAAUAUGCCAAUGAAAGGUUAAUCGGUGAACUAUACAUAUCUAAAUCGAAUGAAACUAAAGUUACCGAUGACUUUGUUGUUCUACCGGAAGAAAUGGAAGAACGAUAUUUUGAAAGAUUACUAGACGAUUUGAAACAGUGGAACAUCUACAGUACCCUGCAUAACAACCAGUUAGUCCAUAAAUCAUUUAGAACUAAACUUAUUCGAUAUCUUGAACACAAUGAAAGGGAUUUGAAAAAAAUAAUCAAUCAAAUGGAUAUAGAUGGGAUAACGUUGAUAAAUUGGGAACGUCAUUAUUUUAUGGAUUAUGAUUUUGUUGAUGAUGAUGAACGAAUUAAUGUUACAUUUCCAUUAAUAGAAGCUGCUAUAGAAGGGUAUGCAGAUAUAGUUGAAUUUCUAAUUAAAAUGAACUGUGAUGUUAAUAAAAAAGACAGUUUUCAUAGAACAGCAUUAUAUAAAGCAUGUGAAGGUGGUUAUCAAGAUGCUGUUGAAAUUUUGUUAGACCAUAACGCUGACGCUUCCUUGUAUCAUGAAGAUGGAUCAUCUCCAUUACAUAUGGCAUGUAAAGCAGGAAAUACUAAUAUAGUAAAAUUGAUUUUAGAAAAACAUGACAAUGUAAACAGUGUUUCCCACUACAGUGACACUCCGUUGAAACUGGCAUGCAAAGGAGGAUAUACUGAUAUAGUAAAAAUACUACUUGGGAAAAAAGCGCAGGUUUUUGGUAUACGAGGCAGCAAGUCACCUCUAUUUUUGGCUUGUAAUAUUGGAAAUGAGGGCAUAGUGAAAAUGUUACUUGCCGCCCACACAGAUACUUUAUAUUCAGAUGAGUAUUAUUGGGAUGGAUAUGCAUAUGAACUAGCGUGUUCACCUUUAGAUGUUGUCUGUCAAAAGAAUCAUAUCAAUAUAAUUCAGUUAUUAUUUCAGAAAUAUAAAUUUUCUUCUUGUUUCAAAUGGUCUGCUCUAUAUACGGCUUCAUAUAAUGGAUGCAUAGACAUUGUCAAAUUACUCAUGGAAACCACAGAUUUUAUUUUAUGUGAAAAGCUAGAUAUUUCAUUGGAUAAAGCUAUGUUUUACGCAUGUACAGGAGGAAAUCUAGAGGUAGUUCAAUACUUUCUGACACAAGGUUUCAAUAUAUUUAAGUGUAACGAUGCUGGUCAAUCAUUGCUUCAUGCAAUCUGUAAAUGUUCCAAUGAAAACGAAGGUAAUACAUCUGUGCUUAACCUGUUGAUUGCAAAACAGCUAGCUAUCUCUAAACCAGAUAAGAAUGGAUUGUCUCCAUUACAUUUAGCUUGUAAGUAUAGUUUACAUUCGAUAUGUAAAAUACUUAUAAGUCACAACGCUAAAAAUAAAUAUGCAAGACAAUGA